AUGGAGCGCCGGCGGCUCCUGUCUUCCUCUGUGAUUCAAGGUUCUGGUGGGCUCCAUGGGCAGGUGCUCUGGGCAGGUGUGUUCACGGCUGGUAACACAAGCGACCCCAUCAACACCAUGCUGGCCAUCUAUAACAUCAGCCACUCUACAGGGCCUCAACUCAAGAACGAUGACCCAGACUUCUGCUAUGAAGACUGUGCAAAGGGAAAAGGUACCACCCCGGAGCUGCAGCCAGAGGCAGUGGUGUUUAAAUACAGCUCCAUGACAUCAGUGUUGGCAGUGAGACACAACUCCUGGCUGGUGUUCUUCAUCGGGACAGGAGACGGACAACUCAUCAAGCUUGCUGUAGACAAGGCCUACAAACCUGCCUGUCCCAGAGUGCUCUACAAGUCAGAUGACGACCGCCGUGUGUUUCCCAAGAUGCACCUGGAUCCAGUGGACCGCAAACAUGUGUACAUGGCACUGAGGAACCAGUUGAUGCGUGUGCCUGUGGCUCAGUGCAGUGAACACAAGAGUCUGAAGGACUGUUGGUCUGCUCAGGACCCCUUCUGUGGCUGGUGUGAGUCAAGAUGUUCGUUUCAGGAUGACUGCCUUCAGCCUUCAGCCUGGAUCUCCAUCUCUGAGGACUCCCAACAACAGAACAUGGUCUCUUACCAGGUGGAGAAGAGCAGCAGUGGAGAGAAGAUCACACUCACUGUCAAGGUCCACCUGAAUGUGCAUGGGACAGGAAGUCUCACCUUUACCUGCCACUUCUUCAAUACAAGAGGUGAUCUGUGUGACAGGACAAGCCCCGCUCUAGCGUUGCCUCGAUGCUCCUGUCUGUUCUCCAGCGACCAGCUUCCUGUUGAAGGUCUGGAUGUCACAGUGAAGAUAGGAGUGGGGAAGCAGAACCUUACUGAGAAACUGAUGCUCACUAACUGUUCAGACAUCACUGGACCACCUACCUCUGCCCUGUGUUCUCAGUGCAUGACAGCUGGAUGUAGCUGGAGUAAUGAUGCCUGCUCCUGGACACCCAGGUCUGCCAACUCAGACUCCAUACAGGACGUGUGCAGACUCAGCCAGUCAGGAAUGACCUACUCUGAUCCAGUGAUCAUCUCCAUAGUGCCCAGUGUUCUGUCCUUCCAUGGGAGAAACCACGCCCUGAUGACUGGGAAGAACCUCCAUCACGUGACUAGGGUUCGCAUCCAAGGGCACAUGGACUGCAGUCUCAAGGAGUCUCCAGUGUGGAACCACACUGGGUCCAGUCUGACGUUCCACAUCCCCAGUGGAGACAAAGGUUCUGUCAGUGUGUGUGCCGUGCUGCCAGAUGGUCGCUGUCUGGGCAAGGCCACUGUCACCUAUGGGUCCUCACCAUCCUGCACUGGGCUAACACCAAGCACUACCUGGGCUAGUGGGAAGAGGAAGAUCAAGGUCCAAGGGUUCUAUCUGGAGUUUGUGGAGGGGGUUGUUCAUGACCACACCCCUCAGACCAUCCAAUCCAACUACAGCUCUGGGGUAGACAUCUUAACACACUGA